GUCCUGCACGGCCGGGGCAGAGCGACGCGCAGCGGGCAGGUGCGGCGGCUGGAGCCGGAGCCGGCAGGUCCGUGCCUCCCGCGCUGCUCUCCGUCAGCAUGAAGGUCGAGUUUGCCCCCAUCAAUAUUCCCCUAAAGAGGAGGAUCCAGACAGUCGCCGUGCUGCAGUGGAUCUUCUCCUUCCUCCUGCUGGCAGAGUUUUGCUGUGGGUUCUUUGUGAUCCUGAUCCUGGGCAACUUCUGGUUCCUUGCUGUUCUGUACCUGCUGUGGCUCUACCUGGACUGGGGAACACCAUGUGCUGGGGGCAGACGGUCCCAGUGGGUCAGAAGCUGGACUGUCUGGAAGUACUUCAGGGAAUACUUUCCCAUUCAUCUUAUAAAAACUUCAGAACUGAACCCAAAUCACAACUACUUACUUGGCUUUCACCCUCAUGGGGUCCUGGUAGCUGGAGCCUUCGGAAACUUUUGCACCGAUCCUCCUUUCAAAAAUCUAUUUCCUGGCCUUACUCCAUAUCUUCAUAUCAUGCCCAUCUGGUUUGGCUGUCCCUUCUUCAGAGAAUACAUAAUGAGUGCUGGAAUGGUUUCUGCAUCCAAGGAAAGUGUCUCACAUGUGCUGAACAAUGAAGGGGGUGGCCAUGCAUCUGUCAUUGUGAUUGGAGGAGCAGAGGAAUCUCUGAAUGCACAUCCUGGAAGCCUGACCUUGAACAUCCUCAAGAGGAAGGGCUUUAUUAAAAUGGCCCUAAAACAUGGGGCUCAUCUGGUCCCGGUGUUUUCCUUUGGUGAAAAUGAACUAUUCAAGCAAGUUGCAAACCCCAAAGGUUCAUGGCUCAGGAAUGUACAGGAGAAGUUACAAAAGAUAAUGGGCUUUGCUUUACCGCUUUUUCAUGCUAGAGGAGUAUUCCAAUACAGUUUUGGCUUAAUACCUUACAGGCAACCUAUUCAUACUGUCGUGGGAAGCCCCAUCCCUGUAAAACAGAACUUGAACCCCACCACUGAAGAGAUUGAUCAGCUACAUGCACUGUAUCUACAGAAACUAAAGAAAUUAUUUGAAGAACACAAAAGCACUUAUGGCAUCCCUGCACACAAAUCUCUCAUCUUUGAGUAGCAAAUUACAAUUUGUAAUUCUGAAUCUCAUGCAAAGAAGCAGCGUCUGCUGAAAGAUGUCUUUCUUGCAAUUCCUAUUUAGCAAUCUGUAAUUAUCCUUAUGUAAGGAAUACUUUUAAGAAGGGAUUAUUAGAUGAUUUAUUGAUUUUUAUCUUAUUCUGGGGCGGUGGGGGGAGGGAUCAUUGGUAUGUAAGCCUCGAAGCCAGUGCUGUUUUGAGUUGUCCUUUUAGGUUCAUGUGUGACAGAAAUGCGAGUGAGAGACUCCAUGAGGUUGUUCUUACCACCAUGGUACCUACCCACAGCUUGAGCAUAGGAAAUUGCCCCAGCAUGAGAUCAGUAGCAGAAGUAUAAACCCAAGAAAUCUGAUUAGAGGUUGAGAGAUUUACCAGCAUUUAUCAAACACGACAUCAGGUUGUUCUCUGAAUGUCAGAAAUGCCUGCUGCUCUUCCACAGGAAUGAAGGGGUAUGUUUUCAGCAGAUGCUUACUGUAAACCACUCAUGUGAGAAUUCAAGAAUAAAUAGGAGCCUUCAGCCCUGAA